AGAAAAUAAAAAUGUCCCACCACUUCUUCCGCUUCCUCGAUCCAGCCACAGCCAUUGCCGCCUAGCUAAGCCUAAGCCCCUAGGGUUUCGCCCGCUCCCUACCUCCCGCGACCGCGCUCCCAGCUCCCGCCCCCGCCGCGGCCGCGCCGCCCGAUUUGACCGUCGGUGCCGGGCGGAUGCUGUGCCAUUCGGUCGCGGCCCCGUAAGCCGGAUUUGACCGGUCGAGCCGGCUCCGCUGACCUCUCGCGCGGCGGGUGUUCUCGAGCUCCGGUAGGGCGUGCGUCCGUGCGUGCGUCGGGGCGCGGCUGAAGGGGUGGGGGGACUCGCGAGCCAGCAGCCUUGGUGUUAAUCUGGUCUGCUGGGACUGGGAGUGUGCCGCGCGCGGGGGCAAUGGCGGUUGGAGGGAGUUUCGGCGAGUGGUCGCGGUCCUCGGCGGUGGCGGCGGCGCGGGUGCCUGUGCUCUGCCUUCGGAAGCCCCGGUACUUCUGCUCCUUGAUUUGAUUUUGAUGAGCUAGUCGGGCCGGCUGCCUUCCUCGGUUUCUCCGUGCAUUUGUCCCUUUGGCUCUCAGUAAAACACGGCCGCGUGUUGGGUUGAAGCAACUGCCUGUUUCUUCUGUUGAGGGUUGGGGAUUGGGAUUCGGGUCUUCUGAGCUGGUGUGUCCCUGUUCCGGUUGAAGGUUCGGCAUAGUGUUUGGGAUUUGGCGUGCUCUGAGGUCGGCAAUGGCGAGGGUUUGUUGCCUCGAUGGUCCGGGCUUCGGUUAGGGGCUCCUUCAAGCUGAGGCGGUUGCUGCUUCACGGUAGCAACAGGAGAAGAUGGAGGAGCUGUUUUGGGUGCAAUGGAGGCAGGCAGGCGUUGCUGCUGGGAGCACGAUGCGGCUUUGAGGAGAGCAGCUGCUUGGUGUCCCGUCGCACUGAGGCAGAGCUUCGUGUUCUUGGUUGCUUCGGUGGCUGGAGAUACAGCUCUCCAAGAACAAGAUGACGCAGACCUUGCCGGAAAACGAUGGGGAACAAAGGUGUCUGAAUUCGGAGCUGUGGCAUGCAUGCGCUGGGCCCCUUGUGUCUCUACCAGUGGUUGGGAGCCGGGUCAUCUAUUUUCCACAGGGUCAUAGUGAGCAGGUUGCCGCAUCAACUAAUAAAGAGGUUGAUGGUCAAAUCCCCAAUUAUCCAAACCUACCCCCUCAGUUGAUCUGCCAGCUUCAUAAUGUCACUAUGCAUGCUGAUGUGGAGACUGAUGAAGUUUAUGCCCAAAUGACACUGCAGCCGUUGAGCCCGGAAGAACAAAAGGAGCCUUUUCUUCCAAUUGAAUUGGGUGCUGCAAGCAAGCAGCCAACUAACUACUUCUGCAAGACAUUAACUGCAAGUGAUACAAGUACGCAUGGUGGAUUCUCUGUCCCCCGUCGAUCUGCUGAGAAAGUCUUCCCUCCAUUGGAUUUUUCGCUGCAGCCUCCAUGCCAAGAGCUGAUUGCAAGAGAUCUGCAUGACAAUGAAUGGAAAUUUCGUCACAUAUUCCGUGGUCAACCAAAAAGGCAUCUCCUGACUACAGGUUGGAGUGUCUUUGUAAGUGCCAAAAGACUAGUUGCAGGGGAUUCUGUUAUAUUCAUCUGGAAUGAUAAUAACCAACUUCUUUUGGGCAUUCGUCAUGCAAAUCGUCCACAGACAAUCAUGCCGUCGUCUGUGCUAUCAAGCGAUAGCAUGCAUAUAGGACUUCUUGCAGCAGCAGCUCAUGCUGCAGCCACAAACAGUCGUUUCACUAUUUUCUAUAACCCUCGGUCUAGCCCUUCUGAAUUUGUCAUUCCACUGGCUAAGUAUGUCAAAUCUGUUUACCACACACGUGUGUCUGUUGGAAUGCGGUUUAGAAUGCUUUUUGAGACAGAGGAGUCAAGUGUUAGACGAUACAUGGGUACAGUCACAGCCAUAAGUGAUCUUGACUCGGUACGUUGGCCAAACUCACAUUGGCGAUCUGUGAAGGUUGGUUGGGAUGAGUCCACCGCUGGUGAGAAACAACCAAGAGUUUCACUCUGGGAGAUCGAGCCAUUGACAACCUUUCCAAUGUAUCCAACUGCCUUUCCUUUAAGACUGAAGCGUCCAUGGGCUUCAGGGCUGCCCUCUAUGCAUGGCAUGUUCAACGGUGUGAAGAAUGAUGAUUUUGCUCGUUAUUCUUCUCUUAUGUGGCUUGGAAAUGGGGAUAGAGGGACUCAGUCAUCAAACUUCCAAGGACUUGGAGUGUCACCAUGGCUUCAGCCAAGAAUAGAAUCUCCAUUGCUGGGUCUUAAGCCAGACACGUACCAGCAAAUGGCUGCUGCAGCACUCGAAGAAAUUAGAGCUGGGGAUCCUUUGAUACAGUCUUCAGCUCUCCUGCAAUUCCAACAGACUCAAAAUCUGAAUGGUGGAUUGGAUUCUCCGUAUGCCAAUCAUGUUCUACAGCAGAUGCAGUAUCAGUCUUCCCUGCCAACUGUUCAAGAAGGCUAUAAUCAGUACAGUGGUAACUCUGGGUUCCUUCAAAGUCAUCUGCAGCAGCUGCAAUUGCAUAAUCCUCAACAACUGCAAAAGCAACAAGAAUUGCCAUCACUGCAGCAGCAAAGACAUCAGAUUCUACAACAGCAAUCUCAUCAAGAGAUGCAACAGCAGCUUUCAUCUAGUUGUCAUCGUGUUACUGAUGUGGAUUCUAGCAUGCCUGGUUCUGAAUCUGCUUCUCAGUCACAUUCUCCAUUCUACCAGCAGAACCUCUUAGAAGGAAACAAUGAUCCAUCAUUGCAUAUGCACAACAGUUUCCGUGACUUUUCUAGCCAGGAAGCCUCUAACCUUGUUAGUUUACCUCAAAGUAGCCAAUUAAUGGCACCAGAGGGAUGGCCUUCAAAGAGAUUGGCUGUGGAACCCCUUGCCCAUGUUGAAUCUCGGUCUGCUCGACCCAAGCUUGAGAAUGGAAAUCACCAGAAUAGUAUAUCCCAUUUUGCUGGCACUUUGGCAUCAGAAUCAGCAAGAGACUGUUCCAGUGUCCAGGCUUGCGGCUCAAAUAUUGACAACCAGCUGCUUUCGUCAUCACUCCAUGAUGGCAUGUCAAGUGUCAGGGGUGGCAGCGGCAAUGGAACUGUUUCUAUGGCCAUACCUUUGUUUAGGUAUGAUGGUGAAGAUUUGCCACCCGCAAACUCCUUAGCAACUUCCAGUUGUUUAGGUGAAUCGGCAACCUUCAACUCUCUUGAUAAUAUUUGUGGUGUAAACCCAUCACAAGGUGGAACCUUUGUGAAGGUUUACAAAUCUGGGUCCCCUGGUAGAUCGCUCGAUAUCACCAAGUUCAGCAGCUACUACGAGUUACGUAGUGAGCUCGAGCAUCUAUUCGGCCUUGAAGGCCAAUUGGAGGACCCUGUAAGAUCAGGCUGGCAGCUUGUAUUCGUCGACCGAGAAAAUGAUAUUCUUCUCGUUGGCGACGAUCCUUGGCAGGAGUUUGUGAAUAGUGUAUGGUGCAUAAAGAUACUCUCGCCGCAGGAUGUGCAUCAGAUGGUCCGCAACGGAGAAGGCCUUCUGUCUGCAUCUGGAGCAAGGAUGAUGCAGGGCAAUGUCUGUGACGACUAUUCUGCGAGCCACGACUUGCAGAAUCUUACCGGCAACAUUGCCUCUGUGCCACCUCUGGACUACUGAAACAGGGAGACUGGAAUCCAAAACUAAACUAGCACUCGGGACUGCAGGAUCACCAUAUCCCGACGCCAGUGUUUGUUUUACCAGUCCUCUAUUCACCGCGAAUAACUUAGUCAAUAAUAUGAUUAGAUGAUCCGUUGCAUCCUACUGAUAAUGGAUAUGCUGUAUGAUAGCCGCUGAGCUCUGUAAUAGACCUAAGCUCUGAAUCGAAACAAGAACCAGUCUAUGAAUGGAGGCAGUUAAUGUAGAAGUGACCUUAUUAUGUAAUCUGUAGCAGUAUCUAUAAUUUGGAACUGAUAAUUGGAGGUGGAGCCUAGACUUUUAAAAUUU